CUUGUGUGAAAUUAGUUCUCAUUUAUCAGUGCAGCAUGUUGUUGAAUUUUCUGUCCAAAGUAUAAAUAUAAAUUCAAAAAUUCAAUUUAUGAUAAUAAUGAAACAUCGACGAAUUCCGAAAAGUGAUCGCCAUAAAAAACUAAAGUCCAUCAAUGAUUUGCAACAAGUCAAUGUAAUCAAUGAUAAUGUCGUCAGAAAUAAUUUUAAUCAAUCAGUUCCACGAAAAUGGCAAGAAAUUUUGGAUGCGAAAAAGCAAUCACUUGCUACUACGGCUGCUAAGAGGAAAAGGAAAAAUAAAUUUUCAUCCAAUGCAUUGGUCACGAUCAUUAAACCAUCGGAAAAAUUUGAAAUCGAACCAGGAAUGACGAGAAAACCAAAACCUCUGCCAGAAAUGGUUGUCAAAGAUUGUAACGAAAGUCAUCAUCAUUUUAUGAAUCGUCUGAACAAAUUGGUAUCUCAAUCUAUGGCCGAAGCCAAUCUAGAGGAACAUUUUGAUGUUGAUCUUGGCGACAGAAUCCAAACAGAUUCUGAGGAUAAAAAAGCAAAACAAACUGAGGAUGGUAAAGAUAAAGAAAAAAGUGAGCGAAAAAGAGAAAAAAAUCGUCAAAAUUUGCUUAGACGUAAAGCGAAUAAAUUGAAAAAACAGCGUCGAUUACUGAGACAAUUGAAUCAAAGUGAUGACAAUCCUUUGGGUGAUAGAGAUUGGAUUGAAUUUGGUCAAGUGGUACAUUGUCCACCAAACAUUGAUCAAUUUACGAAGAAAAGAAAAAAGUGUAAAUAAAUCUUGUGAAUGUUUGCAAUUUCAAUUUGUUUCAUUUGUUUCAAAUUCAAAUAAAAUUUUGUUACAUUGCA